CGGAAGUGAUAGUUGUCACAGCCGGAAGUGUUUGCCUUUGUUUUCCCGUAGCCGCAGUCUGUAAACUGAACGCUGUUCCGUGAUUCAACUGAUCCGCAGAGUCCCCCCGAUCCCCGUCGGAGAUCUCCGACAGUCCGUUUAACGCCUCUGGUAGCGGCUGCCGGCGCUCCUCUCCGCCGCUGUUUGUCCCCUCAGAUGACGCUCACAGUUAGCUGUUAGCUGUUAGCCGCUAGCUGGUAGCUGUUGUGUCGUCGUGUGUCAUGGCGGCGGGAGGAAGCACUGCUUCUGCUCAUGUUGGAGACGUCGAAGAAGACGCGUCGCAGCUGCUGUUUCCUAAAGAGUUCGAGAGCUCAGAGACCCUGCUGAACUCAGAGGUCCACAUGCUGCUGGAACACCGGAAGCAGCAGAACGAGAGCGCCGAGGACGAGCAGGAGCUCUCCGAGGUCUUCAUGAAGACGCUCAACUACACGGCCCGGUUCAGCCGCUUCAAGAACCGGGAGACCAUCACCGCCGUGCGCAGUCUUCUGCUGCAGAAGAAGCUACACAAGUUUGAGUUGGCCAGUUUGGCCAAUCUGUGUCCGGAAGCAGCCGAAGAGGCAAAAGCCCUGAUCCCCAGUGUGGAGGGUCGCUUUGAAGACGAGGAGCUGCAGCAGAUCCUGGAUGACAUCCAGACCAAAAGGAGCUUCCAGUACUGAGACCAGCAACCCCUCUUUAUAUUACCCAGAGUCCUUCACUGACCAGACAGACUGAUCAUCUUAUCUAAUGACGUCACACAUGUCAUUGUCUUUCUGAUGUCGCAAUAAACUUCAUUUGUCUUUUUUUAUUUUUUA